UCCCGACCAAGCUCUGCUCCGCGUUCUGGAUGAUGGCGAGAGCAGCCGCGCCGAGCGCCAUGGCGGCGGCAUCCUCGCGCCCCACGGCGCCGGCGCGCCUUCCCCGCAGCUGCGUCAGCCUCACCGCCGCCCGCGGGGUCUGCUCGCAGCCGCAGCACCGCCUGGCGCGGCCUGCGGCUGCGGCGGCGGCCCCGCCGCGGAACAGGGCGUGCACGUGCUCGCCCACGACGCACCCGGGUUCGUUCCGCUGCGCCCUGCACAGGAAGCGCGCCUCGCCCGCCGCGCCGCCGGGGACGGCACCUGUGUCGAGCAGGCUGAGCGCCGCCCGGCUGCCGUCGAUGGCCAGCCCGCUGGCGCGCAUCGCGGCGGUGGAGAAGGGCGGCGACCACAUCAGGCGCGCGCUUGCAUCCCUCGUCCGCCCGUCCUCGCAGCAGCACCAGCGCCGCCGCGCGGACUUCCGCCCGCGUCCCAGCUGCCUCUCCGCCAUGUCCACGGCUGCUGACAAGCCAUCACCGUGAAGCGUCCAAUGUUCAAUUCCUCGCGGCUUGCUUGCCGCAACAAUUUUGUUGUCCACGUUUCAUUUCAUUCCUUAAUUUUUUUUCCCUGGUGCCCAGUGCCUGCCGCUCUGUUCUAGCAAAAAAUUUCGCAAUGUAGUAGUAGAGGCCUUUCGUCGCUGAAAGCUUUGUGCACUAUUACGAUCAUAUGAUCAUAUCAGAUUACAAAAUUGUUGUUCUUUUCGGGACACCAUUGACGCCUUUCUUGCUGAAGCAUGAAGCAGAGUAAUUUUCUUC